CCCUCAACAGCACCAAAAAGAAGGCUCACCUCGAUGAUUCAUUCGGCCGUACUGUAUAAUCUGCCUAACGAAUCAGCUACAUCUUGGCAAGCCCUCGGAACGGUGCGGAAAUGCUCCCAGCUUCUUCGCGGAGGCAAAAGGGCGCUUUGGGUGAGCAUGGCGCUUCUCAUGUCUCAUUUGAAUAACGGGACUUGCUCGCUUUCAGUAUCGCGAGCUAUUCCGCUCACUGAGCUGAAGUCAUUCGUCCGAUCGGCGUAAGCAGAGUCCGCACUUUUCGAGACACCGACGCCGCAGCCUCGGGCUGGUGCGCUAAGACUAAUUGCAUCACUGCGAUCCGCCGCAGGCCUAAUAGACCAACAGCAUGACGCCCUAGAGACUCUAUAGCCAGUCUCAUCGCCCCUGGAGUCUCUACUCUCCUCCUAAUACAUCGCAUAAUUUCUAUUACAGGCGACCAUGGCCGACCUCAAGCGCGUCGAGUCCUUUCAGUACCCGUCCGGCCACUACUCGCAUCUCAGCGAGAAUCAACAAGUGCAGCUCGACGAAUUCAAGAAAAUAUGCGAGCAGGCAGGCUACUAUACACCGCCAAACCUAUUCAGCGGGGCUCCAGCAAGCCAUGACGACGAGACGCUGCUACGGUUCCUGCGCGCGCGACGUUUCGUUCCCCAAGAGGCCUUCAAGCAGUUCAAGGACACCGAAGACUGGCGAAAAGAUCAAGGGCUGGACGAACUAUUCAACACAAUCGAGGUGGAAGAGUUCGAGCAGACGCGCCGUUUGUAUCCCCAAUGGCUCGGUCGACGCGACAAGCGCGGAAUUCCUCUCUUCCUAUUCGAAGUCGCGCCUCUCAACUCGAAGAACAUAUCAGCCUACGAGAAGGAGCUUGCUAAAGCUCGAACAACGUCUCCCAAAGCCGCUACCAAGAACCUCCGCCUGUUCGCGCUGUACGAGUCGCUGACGAGAUUUGUACUUCCCCUAUGCUCCGCCAUAGACCGAAAGCAUCCGGAGACGCCUGUAUCGCAGAGUAACAAUAUUGUGGACAUCAGCGGUGUGGGGCUGAAGCAGUUCUGGAACCUGAAGAACCAUAUGCAAGAUGCAUCGCAGCUGGCAACCGCACAUUAUCCAGAGACUCUGGACAGGAUAUUCAUCAUCGGCGCGCCUGCCUUCUUUCCUACCGUUUGGGGCUGGAUUAAGCGCUGGUUUGACCCGAUUACAGUCUCCAAGAUCUUCAUCCUUUCUCCCUCCAACGUCUACCCGACACUCUCCCAGUACAUCGAUCCCGAAAACAUCCCCAAGAAAUAUGGCGGAGAACUUGACUUUGAGUUCGGCAACAUGCCCAAUCUGGAACCAGAGAUAGAAGCAGCAAUCCAGUGGGAGAACCCCUCAACUCAGAAGGGCAAGAACACGCUGCCGAUCGGACCCAUAAGGUGGGAAGAUGGCGAGAACGGCGUCAUUAAGGCCGUAGCGGUGGGUAGCGAGAAGGGCGAGCCGAGGAGAAAGACCAUUUUCACCAUCCCGAACCCCGUGCUUCCGAAAGUCAUCGGUCCAGCUGUUGUCAAUACACCGGUCGACGAGGCCGAGCUCGCAAUGCUGGGAGUCGGUACUGAUACUCAGCCACCGGACACUGACGAGAACAAUCUCGACAUCAUGACCCCGCCAUCUGAUACACCAACCCCGUCGGCUACCCCUGCGCCAGAAUCGCAGGCUACAUCUUCAACAACCCCGGCAACCUCUACCACAGCGUCGAGGGCGGAGUCCAGGGCGGACAAGCGCGACGAGACCGCACUACCUCUCCGCGAGGGCACUUCCGAUACCCGCUACGAACAGCAGCACAUGACGCACGCUUCCGGUCAACUGUCCGACGGCACACCGCACGCGGCCGUCAACGACCAUGGCCACGGCGACAAGACCGUGACCAUGGAGCCUAGCACGGUAGGCCAAGCACCCAAGGACGUUUCCGUGAAGCCCGAGGAGCCGCCUGCUCCGGGCUACAUCGACCAAGCAAAGCAAGUAGCCGCGCAGGCUACCGCCGCCGUAUCCUCGACAGUCGGCACAGCCGCCAGCACCGUAACAAGUCUCGUCAGCGGAAGCGGGGAGAAGUCUGAAGAAAAGGCCGAGGAGAAAACUCCAAAGCGCGUCAAAAGCCCCGAAGAGAAGGAGCUCGAUAGGAAGAUUGAUGAGCAGGAUGAGCCAUCUGUAGAGGGCUUCUUGCGACAGCAGAACACGAGCAAAGUGGAGGCAUAAUUAUACUUGCGCGAAAUUUUGCGUUGUUUUUUUAAUCUUUGGCUUAGUUCGGUUCACCCUGCGAGACCAUCUUGGUACGGCAUUUAUUUCCUUUGCGAUAUCUAGUGUUUUUGUUUCUGCAUCCCCCUGGCAUUUUUGGAACGCAUGGUUCGUGCGUAGAAUAGGAUAGGAUGGGCUCGGCUUGGGCAUUUUUCUUCCAUACAUAAACACCUACUUCUUCGUCUUUACUGGAAUGCAUCUCACUGAGCGAUAAUUACCUGUCCGCGAGCUUGAUCAAAGAGAAGUUGCCAAAAGCGAUCGCAGACCGCUCAGAUGAUAUGCAUAGUACGCUAAACGCAACAGAAGGACUCUUAGUUUCAAGUCCUUGCACACAAUUCUUAGGUAUUAAAAGAGCUCUUGGAG